AGGGGUAUGAGUUCAUUUACGUUUUGUUGAUGAGACGGAUUAUUUGUAAGUUGGAUCUUUCGCACUGAAUGUAUACAUAUCAUAUUAUUGCUACUGCCAAACUUGAGCUGCGGCGACUGAGAAGGAUGACGUUCUGUUCUGGGAGACUCGGUAGGUAAGGGACUAUCGAACCCAGGCCUAGGAGUUAGCCACUCUGUGCCAGACAAAUUUGCCCCUCGAUUUAUCAGCAACAGUCAUUUCUCGUUCCUACAUACAAACACUUCUCCAGACUAAUUCCUCCCUCGCCUACAUUCCGUGAUAGCGGCUGCCGUUCUGAACACACGGCCAAGCACUGAGGGCAGCGCCGAUAACGUUACAACAAAACUUGGCGGGAUUCAAGUCUACGACGGCCAGAUCGCCAACAUGGUGCUUCCAAAGUCUAAAAAGUCCGUCGGUCUCGGCAACUCGCUGAUGAACGACCGUUUCGGCAAAGGCAAAGGCACCGACCGCAAACGAGCAUCGGCAGUCACCCGCAUUGAUCAUAGUACCGGCAAAGAGUACAUCACAAAUGACAGGCAGGAGGCGGCCUGGGUCAAGAUGCGCUCCGUCACGGAACAGGGCGCCCUGGAUGAGUUCCUGGCCACUGCUGAGCUAGCCGGGACAGACUUCACGGCCGAGAAGAUGAACAAUGUCAAGAUCAUUCACACUGAUCAGCGCAACCCGUACUUGCUCUCUGCUGCCGAAGAACGGGCCGUGCUGGGUAAGCAAAGAGAACACAAGGGACGGCUUACGGUUCCAAGAAGACCCCACUGGGAUGCAUCGACAACACCAGAGGAACUAGAUCGCCUCGAGCGUGACAGCUUUCUGGAGUGGCGAAAGGGGCUGGCCGAGCUACAGGAGACGCAGGAUUUGCUGAUGACUCCGUUCGAGAGAAACAUUGAGGUUUGGAGGCAGCUUUGGAGGGUGAUUGAGCGGUCGGACGUUGUCGUGCAGAUCGUGGAUGCCAGGAACCCGCUCAUGUUCCGGUCCGAAGAUCUCGAGGCAUACGUAAAGGACGUUGAUCCGAAAAAGCGGAACCUUUUGCUCAUCAACAAGGCCGACAUGAUGACGUACGCGCAGAGGAAAGCCUGGGCGAACUAUCUCAAAGGCGCCAACAUUGCCUACAAAUUCUUCUCCGCGCAUCUCGCCAAGGAGAUGCUCGAGACACAAGAAUUUGAGAGCGAGGAAGAAAGCGAAGGGGAGAGCGACCAGGCUGAUCCCAGCGAGGAAAGCGCAAUUACGAAUAAAGACCACACAGCUGAAGCAGAGAGCGAAGAUGAUGCGGCGGAUGACUCUGCGCACGGGGAUGACGACGGGGAGGCAGACACCAGGAUUCUGACCGUCGACGAACUCGAGAAUAUAUUCCUACAGUACGCUCCGGCAGACGCCGGGCCGGACCGGAAACUUCAGGUCGGCCUGGUAGGCUAUCCCAACGUCGGAAAAUCGUCAACCAUCAAUGCGCUCAUUGGAGCCAAGAAAGUCUCGGUUUCGUCGACCCCCGGCAAGACCAAGCAUUUCCAGACCAUCCAUCUUAGUGACAAGGUAAUUCUUUGCGAUUGCCCUGGUCUUGUUUUCCCGAAUUUCGCCAGCACCAAGGCGGAACUCGUUUGCAAUGGCGUCCUCCCAAUAGAUCAGUUGCGAGAAUACAGCGGGCCCGCUACCCUUGUGGCACGCAGGAUUCCGCAGCAAUUUCUUGAGGCCGUUUACGGUAUCCAAAUACGUACGCGGCCUCUGGAAGAAGGAGGUACUGGAGUUCCGACUGGAGAAGAGCUACUCAGCGCAUACGCCCGCCACAGGGGUUUCAUGACGCAAGGACUGGGCCAGCCGGAUCAGUCCAGGGCAGCGAGAUACAUCCUCAAGGAUUAUGUCAAUGGGAAGCUGCCAUAUGUCGAACCCCCACCGGGCACCUUGGACCCUAAGGAGUUCAACCGCGAGCUCUACGACAUCGCGCAGAUUCCAGCCAAGAGGCGGGUAGCAUUGAUUUCUGCAAUGGAAGACUUGGCGGUUGAAGGGGAUGACAAUGCGUCGCUUCUCUCCGAUAUGAUUCCGCUGCCCACAGGUGCCAAGUCACAGAGGCUUGACAAGGCAUUUUUCAAAUCUGGACAAGGAACCGCUGGCCACUUGACACGGCCAUUCAAUUAUAAAUACUCGGAGCAAGGGAUGGCUGCUGCAGCGGCAGGGAAGCAAUUAAGCGGGCGUAAGCUCCGGACUAUGAUUGCCCUUGAAAAGGGGAUCGAUCCCAAGGAUGUCCAGCUGGCAUCAAGCAAGAAGCACUUCAAAGGCGGGCAAAAAGGGCGAGGGAAGAACCGCGGAAAUAAGGCUGAUGACGACGACUGAAGAUGCAUGGAGGUUAGGGGUCGGAACCUAGAAAAGUUGCAAGCCAGGUCUGGCUGGCGUGUUAUGAAUCCCGUUAUGAAAGUAGAGAUGCUUGAAUUGAAAGAGAGCUAGCUACUACAACUUUCAUCAUAGCCUAUGAAACAACUCGAAAAGAAGACGUCGCCGCUUACUCGUGUAGUUAUGUCUGGAGCCCAAUGACCAGCAGUAAGCCUCAGACAUUGACAUCUGAACAAGUCCUUGUCAAGCUUCAAGCUAGCUGGGGUGUAAGCCGCUUUUUGCGCGCUAUCACAGCUUCCUAGCCUGCU